GUUAAAUUGUAUGUACCAAAGUGCAUCAAAAAGUGCCAAAAAAUAAACUCUUGUUAUUGGAAAAGUAUUUUAAAUAUCUAUAUCAAAUAGCCUAGCAAUUCCAACUUAUCUAGAAGGGUUCAAACCGAGACAAAUGAUUAUGAUGAAGUAGAAUAAGAUAUUCAGACAUUCUAAGAUAUAUCCAAUUUCAAGCAUCGCAAUAAAUUUAUAUCUUUUAAUAAACCAGCCAAAAAACCUACCAUGAAAGAUUUUAAUGCUUAAUAUCAAUAAUGUUUAAAGAAUGAGAAUCAAAUGAGACCAAUAUCUGAAGCUGUUAAAAAAUGUUAGAAACCAUAAGGAUUAGAUAAGAUCAAUACCAAAUCGUUGUUGAUCCCAGCCAAGAUAACUAGACAAGAUUAUUCCUCCUAUACCUACUAAAAUCUUAAGGCCAUUGGUAGUGGAUCGUUUGGUACAGUCUAUAAAGUAUAUAACCAAAUAAAGAUUUUAGUCAAAAGUAAUAGAGACAGGAGAAAUAGUGGCCAUCAAGAAAGUGUUGCAGGAUAAACGAUACAAAAAUAGAGAGUUAUAAAUACUUCAAGAACUAAAUCAUCAUAACGUAGUGAAACUAAAACAUGCUUAUUUCACUCCUUCGGACAAUAACGAUGAGACCUACUUGAAUGUUGUAAUGGAUUAUUUUCCAGAAUCUUUAUACUCUUACAAUAAAUCAUUUAGAGAGGCACAUGCCAGAAUGCCUGAAAUAUUGGUGAAAAUCUAUUCAUACUAACUGCUAAGAUCAAUAUAGUAAGAGAUCAUAGAAUAAUUAGUUAUAUAUCAUUAUUAUCCAUUUGCCAUAGAGAUAUAAAGCCUCAUAAUAUUUUAGUUAAUCCUAAUCAUCAUAAACUUCAACUUUGCGAUUUCGGGAGUGCAAAAAAACUAGUAAAAACAGAAGCUAAUAUCUCCUACAUAUGUUCAAGAUGUUAUAGGGCUCCAGAAUUGAUAUUUGGAGCAGUGAAUUAUGAUACGUAGAUCGACGUUUGGUCAGUAGGAUGUGUGAUAGCUGAAUUAUUCAAUGGAGAACCUCUGUUUUUAGGAGAUAGUGCUGUCGAUUAGUUAAUUGAGAUCAUAAAGGUACUUGGAACUCCAAACAAGGUUCAAGUAUUAAGUAUGAAUUCAGAAUAUGACAUGCAAUAAUAUAAAUUCCCUUAAAUUAAAGCGAGGGAUUGGAAGAGAGUAUUCAAUUUUAAUAUGUAGGUGAUAAAAACAAACGAUUCUUUGGCUACUGAUCUAGUUUCUAAAUUGCUUGUGUACUGUCCCAAAACAAGAUUCACUCCAAUUCAGGCUUUGGGUCAUCCCUAUUUUGAUUAAUUACGAGAUUUACAUCAAAUGAAACAACUACAAGAAAUCUACAACUUCAACAUUUAAGAAUUGUUCGAGUUUAGUAAUCGUAAGAUAUUCCUAAUAAACUUUAUUAGUUGAAACUAAUAAAAUGACAAAUGAUGAAAUUAAGAAGUUAAUUCCUGAUUGGAUCAGCAGUAGUUCUUCUAAAAUCGUAAAGACAAUAGGUUGA